AUGCUGGAAACAGCUCGAGAGCUCACAUUAGAGGCUGCCCAGUCCGCUGCUAUCAAUCGGACCUCAAGCACCGACUAUACCUCGCGAACAUACAGCCCCGCGCACAUCAAGAAGCUCCUUGACAGUCGCCAUGAGCGGGAUGUUCUAGAUGGAAUGCGGAGGGUCAUCUCGUUGAUGUAUCGAUCCGAACCCUCCCUUACUUUCUUUUCGGCAGUUGUCAAGAAUGUCGCCAGCGCCAACCUCGAAGUCAAGAAGCUGGUUUACAUCUACUUGGUCCAUCAUGCAGAGGCGGAGCCGGAUCUGGCAUUACUGUCCAUAAACGCGAUCCAGAAAUCGCUGACCGAUUCAAGCCCACAGGUUCGGACAAUGGCACUUCGGACUAUGUCGGGGAUCCGGGUUCCGGUGAUCAGCCAGAUUGUGUCGUUGGCCAUCAAAAGAGGAUGUGGGGAUAUGAGUCCACAUGUGCGCAAGGCGGCUGCGUUGGCUAUUCCAAAAUGUUAUCGUCUGGACCCAAACACUCUGCCACAAUUGAUGGGCUAUCUUGAAAUACUUUUGGGUGAUUCGCAAUACUUCGUCGUCGGCCCUGCUGUCGCGGCAUUCUUGGAUCUGUGUCCGGAUGAGAUUGACCUAAUCCACAAGAACUAUCGCAGCUUAGUCAAGAAGUUGGUUGAUAUGGAUGAAUGGGGUCAGCUAGCAACGUUGCGCCUAUUGACGUUUUAUGCGCGAAAGUGUUUCCCUCGCCGAACCCAGAAGGUUAAGCGCACAGCCCCGGAGGCAUUCUACGACGACGAAAAGCAGCAGCAGGAGACCCAGAAUGAUGCCGAAGAGUACGAAGUUCCAGUUAUGGAUCCUGAUCUUGAGCUUCUACUCCGAGCCUGUAAAAUUCUACUGCAGAGCCGAAACUCUGCCGUGAUUGUCAGUGUCGUCCGCUGCUUCCUUUACCUUGCUCCAUCAGAAUAUAUUGCGACAGCAGUUGGUCCUCUGGUGGCUCUGUUACGAAGCCCGCAGGACAUGCAACUCAUCGCUCUGUACAAUAUUGUUGCCGUUGCUUUAAGGGCUCCCAAGCCUUUUGCAAAAUACACGGCCCAUUUCCUUGUUCACGCCAACGACCCGCCGCAUAUCUGGCGCCUUAAGCUGGAGGUGCUAACCAUUCUGUUUCCGCAUUGUGGAAAACACUGGAAGGGGGUCAUUAUCAGCGAACUAGAGCACUUCUCUAAAGGCGCAGAUCCCGAGCUGGUACGAGAGAGUGUACGAGCCAUUGGGCGUUGUGCGCAAGGCGACCCAAGUACCGCAGGCAUGUGCCUACGGAUCCUUCUCGGCCAGAUAUCCAGUGCAGACGGCAACCUCGUGUCAGAGGCACUGACUGUCAUUCGACAUUUGAUCCAACAAGAUCCAGCCUCACAUAAAAACACUGUUCUCCAGCUCGUCAAGCACCUGGGAUCAACAACCCACCCAGACGCACGAGCCACCAUCAUUUGGCUGGUUGGCGAGUUCGCUGGAAUUGACCCAGAGAACAACAUCGCGCCUGACGUUCUCCGCGUCCUGAUCAAAGGAUUUGCAGAUGAAAUGGAAAUCGUCAAACAGCAGAUCGUUCUUCUUGGUGCUAAGGUGUAUUUACACCACCUCCUACAGAAUCCACCAAAGGAACAGGUGGAACAACUUUCAUCGCCGCCGUCAUUUCCCGAGGCCGAAGCUCCUGCCAAAUCCCAGCAAGAGUUCCACAACGAAUGGAAUGACAAUGGGGACGAUGAGCCGAAAGAUGCCGAGCUAAAUGAAGGGGAAGGGACAGCGGCCAAGAAUAUCAAGAAAAUUACGAACCUUUUGGAAACGCCGUCUUCCACCCAACUUGCCAACCUCCUUCUCCUAGCACCAAAGCCAGUACCUCACGCCCCUAGCCCAUCCGAGACGCGCAAGGACUUACUCAUCGGUUCCGCCACUCUCGUCGUCGGCUCCGACGCUGGUCACCACGGGCUUCCAGGUUACGAGAAUCUUCCAGACUGGGUCGAGCCAGGCCAAGAACCCAACCCCAGCCUUCGCACCGAAGAUGUGAAACCAGACACGUCCAGCAACACCGCCUCCAUGACUGCAGGUGACCGCCUUGAUAAAGCACUUCGUGAACACAAAACGACUGUUCCAAGCCGGGACCGAAAUGGUCCGGCUAUGCCUACAGACCCGACUGGCAAGAAGACUCUCGAUCAGUGGCUACAGGAGGAGGAAGAGGAGGAAACCGAGACCGAAUCUGAAACCGAUUCCGAGGAAGGUGAAACUGAUUCAGAAGAAGAGGAGACAGACUCGGAAGAAGGAUCUAGCUCGGAAGAAGAUGACUCUGAAGAAGAAACUGAUUCUGAAAGCGAAGCUGUGAGUAAAGAGGCACAGACAUUGCUUCAUUAA